AUGGCAUCAAGCCCGGUACCAGUACAGGACUCACCUACAGGUUCUACUGAUAAUGACAUUCACAACGAUGUCGUCGACAUAUAUACAGAUACCAGAAGUAGAAACGAUGACGGCCAUGCAGAAGAACCGUCAAGUGUCGCAGCACCAGAAUCAGUACCAGGCGCUGCAGUGGACAGAGCAUUCUCCUCAGGUCAAGUCGUCAUGAUACCACACCUCACACCUUCUCUUAAGCAGUCAAACCAAGGAUCUCAGGCAGUCGGUCAGACGGAAAUUCUGACCAGUCACGCAGGAGUUGUUGAGGUAGUUGAGCGACCAGCAAUAAUCACUGUUGUCUUUAGCAAUAGACUGCAUGUCUUACCAAUCGUCCCUAAUGGCCCUGAUUUCAGCAAUGACGCCCCUGAAUCUGCAUACAAGUUGUGGUCGAUGCCUGUCUUCGAGGCAGAUGAGCAAGGAACCGAUCUCUUGCCCGCAACUUACCUCAAACUUGCUAAAAAUGACUCUAAGAUUUUGUCAUUUGCUGAAGGCGUGCACAUCAGCAUUAAUCAGACAACUCCGGUUGACUACACCUGGCCGUUGAAGCUGGUAGGCAAGCUAGAUGGUGACAGCAGAAGAUGGUUGCACAGGCGUCUCCGUAUGCUUAGUAUGUUAGACACCGAAAAUUUGGCAGGCCAAGAUCAGGAUCAGGAGUUGCGACGACUUAUCGACACCCAUGUUUUAUCCAAGGGUUCUGAGCAGCAGCCGUCCCGAACUGGUGCAGAAGCGUCGAAGGCGACCAAAAGCACGCCAAAGAAAACAAAGAAGGCGACUCAACCAGCAGCCAAGAAGCCUGCUGCCAAAACUGAUGAGCCUAAGAACUCUGGCGACAAUGACGCUAAUCAAGACGAUGCUCCUCUAGGGGACGAGAGUACUGCUAGCGAGCAGGGUUCAGGCGAGCAGAACAACAACACGCCAGCCACCUCAUCUGGCAUCGGACCUAUCCCUCCAGGCCUCGCUGCGAAGAAUUUUCUCCAUGACGGCAGGAUGGUUACAUGGCAAUUGCUGAAUGGCAAAUACAAAUGUGCUCAUUUCAAACCAAAGUGCCUCCAAGCACAAUGCAACGACAAGUGUUGUAAGGAUGGAACGGGGGAGAAACCAUCAGGCAGACCUGUUUUUGACUCUCAAGGAAAUUUGAUUUCAACUCCAAUCAAGAAAAAAUCAGCACCAAGGCCCAGCAAAUCCAAGCCAGCGGUCACCGCACAAUCAUCAACAGCACUUGAGGAUGCAAGCGAUGCAGGAGAUGCAGGAGAUGCAGGAGAUGCAUCAGAUGACGAACAUGUCGUAACAACGGACCAAGAGUCGGAUGCUACGACGGGACUGACCGAAUCAGCGCAGCCAACUAAGCCUAUAAAGGAGAGUCUGAAGCGUAAGGCUUGCGAAAGUACUGCAACUGAUCAAGAGACUACUAAGGAGGAUGAUAAGCCUAAACCAAAGAGACGAAAGACCAGUGGCGCAAAGUCCAAUUCUAUCGCUAAGUCAGCGGCCCAGGAUACCGGAUCAAGUAGGAGAGGAAGCACCGUCAUGACGCGUUCGCGCUCAAAUUCUACAACCAUACCUUCACCUCGACACGGAACACUGCCACCUGACGACCCGAACUCAAGCAGGCACAGCAGCGCGAGCACGACCGCAUCGAAUAGGGCUCUAAAGGAGAGACUCGAGAAAGAAUUCACACCUAUCGAGACCAGUAUCUUGUAUACUGCGAAUAAGAGUGUCCGCAGCGCCACACCAGCCAGGUCUGCCCGAUCGAAGAGUGCAGAGAACGACUCACCGCCCGCUCGCAGGACGAGCGCGGAGCCUCAACUUGAGCCUGUGUUCGAAUCAGUAGACAGUGAGAUUGAACUUGAUGAAGUAGUUAGCACCACCGUUGUCGAGGAACAGAGCGUCACGGCUACUACACCUGGACUUGCUGAAGAAGAGCCGCAGCUGGCUCUUGUCACCACAACUCAAGCAACCCACGUCUUGAAGGAGAGCGUCGUGGAAGAGCAGCACGUACAAGUGGAGGAGACAAAAAUCUCACCAUUGGAACUCGAUGCAGCAGUCUCCACACAAGGCAACAGUGAAGGUUCAGAAAGCGGGAUAAUAGGAGACAACGAGGAAGAUGAAGAACUAAAGUAG